AUGGGAUUGGACGAAUUACGCCUAACAGAAGAUGAAUUUAAAGAACUAACAAGAAAAUUCACUGAAUAUAUUGGUGAUGAAGAAGAGCCUUUCGAUAUACCCAAUGAUCUACUCGAAUCUGUCUACAAUUCAACUCGUGGACACCCUCACUUAGUAAGACGGACCUUGGAAUACCUUCAACGGCAGUAUCUACGGGGUGACAGAGAUGACGAUCUACGACGUUCUAUAGUUUCAUAUGAUUAUUUCCUUGAGAUACAAAGAACGCGAGUGUUUGAUUGGAUGACAAAGUGGCAACCGACUCCAUUUGAUACCCAAUUUCUGAAAACGGCAUAUGAUACACUUGAUGACGAUUCAACCUUUGUUGUAGAUACAAAGACAGCUGAGAUGCAGGAAGCUCUUAGAAGGCUCACACGUUCUGGCUUGGUAACAUAUUCGGGCAGAAGCCGUUUACAGUUUGCAGCACCAAUUGUCCGAAUAAUUAUGGGCCAGCGCCUGUAUACCGCACCGUUAGAUUUGGAAACAUCAAAUGGAAGCUUUGAAGCUUUUUUGCAAACCAGCAUCGAACGCAUGCGACCUUCAGAAUUACGCAAAUCUCUUAGCCAUGGAACAAACCUCCGACUGAUUGAGCGAGCAUGGCAGAAAGCGUGGAUGUUGGCUGCAAGCACAGCCAUUCCGGGGGGACAUACAAUUAGUCCUGACGUUGGUAAAGUAUUCGGUUCAUCUGGCUUUCUUGACUUUUAUAUCAAUGGUUGGCUCAAAUGGGGAGUAGAGUUAAUGCGAGAGGGUCGGAGAAUGGGUGAUCAUGUCAGCCGUUUUAUGCCAACUGGCAGGUACAAACAAAUCCCUCUCUCAGAGUGGGCUAUUAUAGACUUUCGUCAUAAUUCCUUGAGGCCAGACUUCAAGACUUUGAAUCCUAAUAUUUGGUAUGCUUUAUAUGCGGAUGACUAUAGUACCAUGACUAUCAUUCGUUAUGGCAAAGAAGAGAUGCUCCUAACCUUACGUGGUGAUGAUCCUCACCUCUCUCCUCAUUAG